AUGUCAAAGAUUGUGGCCGCCGCCGCCAACUUUUUCCGAGCAGCGGUGCAACAGCUGCAGCAGCUGCCCGAGCGCUCGCUGGAGAGCCCCGAGGAGGGCGAAGCCGAGGGCGAGGCCGUGGAGAGGGAGAAGCGGUCCGAGGAGCCCCCGAUUUCUCUGGAUCUGACUUUCCACCUCCUGCGAGAAGUCUUGGAGAUGGCCCGCGCCGAGCAGCUGGCGCAGCAAGCCCACAGCAACAGGAAACUGAUGGAGAUAAUCGGGAAAUGA